GCUCUAUAAUAUUGGCUUUUCGUUUCUACUCGCUGUCAAUAUUGAUUCACACUUCUUCUCUAUUAACAGAUGAAUUAAUGGCGGCUGAAAGUAAUUUUAUUAGCGAAAUUAACACCAAGCCGAUGAAUUGGAGGUUAAAGGUUCGUAUUGUCAGGCUUUGAGAAAAACAAGUUCACAACAAACCUGAUAGUCCUUUUUCAACUGAGCUUAUUCUGAUGGAUGAAAAGGGAGGCCGCAUUCACGCAAGUGUUGGCAGGAAUAUUAUUCAAAGUUUGAAAACGAUGAACCAAGAACUCAAGGAAUUGGGUUUGUACAUCGUGAAGAAUUUCAUGGUUUGUCCAAAUAAGGAGAAACUGAGGACCAAAGACCACAAGUGUAAGUUGAUUUUCACGCAGAAGACCAUUGUUGAGGACAUACAGGAUCCAUAUUUCAACAUGUGUAUCUUCAAAUUCAGACCCUAUGAGCAGUUGUCUAAUCCACAAGAAUUUGACGACACCGAACUAUUCGAUGUUAUCGGCGAAAUUGUGAGUUAUGGGGACGUACAAUCUGUCAACCAAGUUGGUAACGUCUGUAUGUUCAUGAACGUUGAGCUGCAGGAUUAUAAGAGCAACAACAUAUCUGCAAUAUUUUGGGGCGACUUUGUGGAACAAAUCAAGCCACAUUUGAUUGAAUCGAAUGAUAAGCUUGUUGUCGUCGUCAUGCAGUUGGUUAGAGCACAUCGAUUUCGAGGUUAUUAA